CUUAUCUUUUUCUUGUGUAGAUCAUUAAGCUCACCACACUACAAGAAAUAUCUUAUCCUCAUCAUCUCCAUUCUAACCGUACUUGCAAAAUACUCUAAUAUUAUUUGCCUCACUCUCGCCUCUCGCCUCUCUCCUCUCCUCACCUCUCGAAACCGUAGCCGCUCCUCUCCAUCGGACCCUCGCCGCUUCUCUCCGACCACCGCGAAUACCAUAACCUGUUGCUCCUCCACUCGCCGCUCCUCUCCGACCACUGUGAACCCCCCCCACAGUCGCUCCUCCACUCGACGCUCAUCUCCGACCACCGCAAACCCCCUCACAGUCGCUCCGACUUAGGAGAGGAGCCCUGGGAAACUAUCCUGGUUCUCCUUUUCUUCCAUCCGAUUCUGACAUCUUAUUUAAUUAGUUCUGAAUUACUUUCUACAUGCAAUGCAAGUUCAGAAAUAUAUUAUAAGUAUUCUAUUAUGUUUAUAUAUUUAUAUGAACAAUUUCUGAACUUUGAUGAAAAAGUAGUCAUCCUUUUGUUGUAUGUGUUAAAACUUGAAAACCUACAUAGCUAGAAUGGUCAUGGACGUAUUAUAGUUGCUACAAAUGUCCAAUAUUUGUAUGAGUUCAAUUAUAUUCAAACAUGGUUUUCAUAAUAGAUUAAUUUCAUAUAAGAUAAUUUUUUUUCCUAAAGGAUUUUCAUAUAUGAUAUUUAUAUGUUUUUUUUAACAGUAAAUGAUUAGAUGUUUACUAAUUUUAUCUCUUAUUGAUUUUUUUUUUUUGUCAGGAGUACCGGAUCUGGUAGAGUACAGUUAAUGUUAAAAAUAGAACAAUCUUAAGUUGAUUUAACUUUGUUUAAAUUUAAUUUUUUGGGUUGAUUUUGUGUAGAAAUUGAAGGAGUAUCUCUUGGAAAUUUGGUCACUAGAGUAUUUAUAAUUUUGUGGCAUCAAGGAAAAACUUUACAGCAAUGGCUUCCUCUCAGCCAUCUGAAACCAUUAGCAAUUUCUAUGAAACUACCUGCAUGGAUUCGGAGCUGUUCCUGGCUGCAGCCAAUGGCCAAUUGGAUGUCUUCACAGCCCUUGACUUAGUAUAUAUAUUGACCCCAGAAAAGAAUACAGUCCUCCAUGUCAAUAUAAUUACUUCAGAAAGCACUGAUAUAUCCUUCGCUGUGGGGAUAGUGGAGAUGUGUCCACCACUGUUGCAGCAAACCAAUGCAAGAGGAGAGACUCCCUUACUCUUGGCAGCGAGGUACGGCCGUCACUGUAUUGUUGAGUUUCUUAUUAAUCGUGCCAAAACCUUGUUUGAACAAGAUGACCUCGAGAAGGCCAACGCCGCAGUGAAUAAUGAAGUGUUCAAACAAAUUAUGAGGAUUCCUAAUCAAAAUAAGGACACUGCGUUGCACGAGGCUGUACGGUUCAACCAUCUUGAGGUUGUACGUAUAUUGACUAAAGAAGACCCUCAUUUCCCAUAUUCGACUAAUGAAGAUGGGGAGACUCCACUUUACUUAGCCGUCGAGGGAGGCCUAGGGUACCUGGGAUUGGCUGAUGAAAUACUACAAAAUUGCCCCUCGCCGGCCACUAGUGGACCAAAAGGCAGAACUGUACUCCAUGUUGCAGUUUGGCAUGAAAACAUAGAAUUGGUAAAAAAGGUAUUGGGAAAAGAAUUAAAUCUGACCAAACAAGCAGAUGACGAUGGAUUUAUUCCUCUACACUAUGCCGUGUAUUGGGAAUGUUUGGAGAUUGUAAAAAUGUUGUUAGAAAAAGAUAAAUGUAGUGCUUACAUCAAAGAUAAAAAAGGCAGGACAGCCCUUCACAUUGCAGGUUCUAACCACGGGCAUGAUUAUGAAAUAAUGAAGAACAUUCUAUCAAGGUGUCCAGAUAGCUACGAAGCGGUUGACAAUCAAGGCAGAAAUUUUCUACACUAUGUUGUGGCGAGACGUCAAUAUAUCAGUGUCUUUGAUUUGUUAUUAGAAGAAUAUCCUUCACUCAUCAAUUAUCUUUUAAAUAGGAAAGAUAAUGUUGGAAAUACACCAUUUCUUCAUAUGCUUUCCACUUUAGGAGAAUUUACUCCACGAGUAAAUAUGGAAACUAUGAUGUCUCACCCGAGAGUGAAUAAGAAGCUAUACAACAAAAACAAUGAAUCUUUUAAAAAAAUGGCAUUUAAUCUGGGUAACAAAAAAUUUAAGAAGAGAUUGAGACCACUCCUCCGAAAAUACAACAUAUCUGUUUUUCCACGAACACUUACCAUAGAUGAUGUUGGCGAACAAAGAUCUGAACUUGAGAAGAAGGAGGAAAGAAAGAAAAAGCGGAAAGAAAGAAUAAGAAACAGGAUUGCAAAAUAUAGGGAGUCUACUCUAGUUGCGGCUACACUGAUUGCGACAGUGACAUUCACAGCCGGAUUUACGCUGCCUGGAGGUUACAUAAGCGAUGAGAUUGGGCAUCCACAACAAGGCAGUGCUGUUCUCAGGAAUAAUAGAGCUUUUCAAGCUUUCGUGAUAACAGAUACAAUAGCCAUGGUGCUCUCUACAUUAUCUGUCCUUAUCAAUCUCUUCCUGGCUAUAACACCUAAUGAGGAGGAGUUAAUGGAUUACUACAUGAUCUCUAUGCGUUUGACAAUGUGGGCUAUGGGAUUAAUGGUGAUAGCAUUUGCUACUGGUACGUAUGCAGUGUUGUCACUUUCCCUGUCUCUUGCCAUUCCCACUUGUGUUAUUGCACUGUCCUUCUUCGUUCUCCUUUUCUUCAUAAUUAUAAGAGUGGUGAAUAUUAUUCGCUCUUUUAUGGAAAGAUUGUAUGUAUUAUGACUACCUAAUGAACAAAUAUUAAAAUAUAAAAAAAUUGAAUACUAUCUCUGUGUCCCGCAUAGACAAAGGAUAGUAUAUUUAGCCAUCUUCAAAAUAUAAUAAAGCAUCCCAACUUUGUAAGCAUGAAAAUAAAGUAAGAAUAAUUUUAAAAUGAAUGAGAUUUUUUUUCUCUAUG